AUGGGUGGCAACGUCUCUCUGUGCGGGCUACAAGCUAGCGAUAGCCACUGUGAUCCACAAUUGCAAUAUCAGAGCAAGGACUGUACACGGAAGUACGAGCAACUAGCGAGUAUGCGUGGGCGUUCUCUGUCGUCCACCACGGACUCGUCUGUAGCGUCUAUUUUGUCAAAUUCAGAUAGACUUGUACCGGAUGUUUACAUGCCAAAGGACAUUCAGGUGCUUUCCCAACGCCGACAGCGCCACGGUCACCAUCAUACUGCGUCGCACUCGUUCAUGGGUCACAGUAGCAAGAAUUCGAUCGUUGGGUCGUCAAGAGUUAGCAAUUCCUCUUUGAAAGGAUGGAGCACCAUACGCUCUAUACGCAACAAUCCACCAUACGAAAUUCCGCCCAGCGUGAACAAGAAGUACAAUUUUGGCAUUAAAACUGCGUCUUCCAGCUUUGGGUACAGUGAUGACGAGACUACAGACCCCACGGCUGUUGUGAGCAGACGCAUAGAGUAA